CCGCACGUUCCUGGUACUCUGAAGUAUCUACGCUGUAAUCCUCUGAUAUAUUUACCAUUUGGACGGAUUUUUCUGGUGGAGUGUAAAUUCCCCGGUCUUGUUGGACCAUGGCCGACGACGACGUGCUCUUUGAAGAUGUUUACGAGCUGUGCGAGGUCAUUGGCAAGGGGCCGUUUAGUGUGGUACGAAGAUGCAUCAAUAGGGAUACAGGCCAGCAGUUUGCUGUGAAGAUUGUGGAUGUGGCCAAAUUCACCUCCAGUCCUGGCCUGAGCACAGAAGAUCUGAAGAGAGAAGCAAGCAUCUGCCACAUGCUUAAACAUCCUCACAUAGUGGAGCUUCUUGAGACCUACAGCUCUGAUGGGAUGCUAUACAUGGUGUUUGAGUUCAUGGAUGGCGCAGAUCUCUGCUUUGAGAUUGUGAAGAGAGCAGACGCUGGGUUUGUUUACAGUGAGGCAGUAGCCAGUCAUUACAUGAGACAGAUCCUAGAGGCUUUGCGGUACUGCCAUGACAACAACAUCAUUCACCGGGAUGUGAAGCCACAUUGUGUGUUGCUUGCAUCAAAGGAAAAUUCUGCUCCGGUGAAACUUGGUGGCUUUGGUGUGGCCAUACAGCUGGGAGAGUCCGGAUUAGUGGCUGGAGGCCGGGUGGGCACUCCACACUUCAUGGCCCCUGAGGUGGUGAAAAGAGAACCCUAUGGGAAACCUGUGGAUGUUUGGGGCUGCGGAGUCAUCCUGUUCAUCCUCCUGAGUGGCUGCCUGCCCUUCUAUGGCACCCGAGAGCGUCUGUUUGAAGCAAUCAUAAAAGGAAAAUAUAAGAUGAAUCCUCGGCAGUGGGGCCAAAUCUCAGAGAGUGCCAAAGACCUGGUGCGCCGUAUGCUGAUGCUGGACCCUGCAGAGAGGAUCACAGUAUAUGAAGCUCUCAACCACCCCUGGCUCAAGGAGAGAGACCGCUAUGCCUACAAGAUCCACCUUCCUGAGACAGUCGAGCAGCUGAGGAAGUUCAAUGCCAGGAGGAAACUCAAAGGUGCAGUGCUUGCCGCGGUCUCUAGUCACAAGUUCAACUCUUUCUAUGGUGACCCUCCUGAAGAACUGCCUGACUUCUCUGAGGACCCUACUUCAUCAGGACUACUAGCAGCAGAAAGGGCUGUGUCACAAGUGCUAGACAGUUUGGAGGAAAUCCAUGCACUGACGGACUGCAGUGAGAAAGACCUGGACUUUCUACACAGCGUCUUCCAGGAUCAUCACCUGCACACAUUGCUUGAUCUGUACGAUAAGAUAAACACCAAGUCUUCACCACAAAUCAGGAAUCCUGCAAGUGACGCGGUUCAGAGAGCCAAAGAGACCUCCACUGAAGACGAGUCGAGCACGGCUUUGAAACAUCUGGAAUAUGUACUGGAGGAGAUUUCAUGCUACCCGGAGAAUGCAGACGCUAAAGAACUGAGACGGAUUCUAACCCAGCCCCAUUUCAUGGCCUUACUUCAGACUCAUGAUGUUGUGGCACAUGAGGUAUACAGUGACGAGGCACUGAGGGUCACCCCACCCCCCACAUCACCAUAUCUCAACGGAGACUCACCUGAGAGCACAAACGGAGACAUGGACAUAGAGAAUGUUACACGAGUGCGCCUGGUUCAGUUCCAGAAAAACACAGAUGAACCGAUGGGUAUCACGUUGAAAAUGAACGACUUGAACCAUUGCAUCGUGGCAAGAAUAAUGCAUGGAGGAAUGAUCCACAGACAAGGAACUUUGCAUGUUGGAGACGAGAUCCGGGAGAUCAACGGCAUAAGUGUAGCAAACCAAACGGUGGAGCAGCUUCAGAAGAUGCUUCGGGAAAUGAGAGGCAGCAUCACCUUUAAGAUUGUCCCAAGCUACCGUACACAGCAAUCGUCCUGUGAGAAAGAAUCCCCCUCCACCUCCAGACAGUCCCCUGCUAAUGGCUAUUCCAGCAUUAACAGUUCUAUCUUGGACUUGCCGUCAACCAUCCAGCCAAAAGGACGCCAGAUCUCCAGACCUCCAAUCAAGGAUACAUUUUCCAUAAAGAUCUAUGUACGGGCACAGUUCGAGUAUGAUCCGGUGAAGGAUGACCUCAUCCCCUGUAAAGAGGCAGGGAUUCGCUUCAGAGUGGGUGACAUAAUCCAGAUUAUCAACAAAGAUGACCAUAAUUGGUGGCAAGGAAAACUGGAAAACACCAAGAAUGGCACAGCAGGACUGAUUCCCUCACCUGAACUUCAGGAGUGGCGGGUGGCCUGUAUAGCCAUGGAGAAAACCAAGCAAGAACAGCAGGCAAGCUGUACCUGGUUUGGCAAGAAAAAAAAGCAGUACAAAGACAAAUACCUAGCAAAGCACAAUGCAGUGUUUGAUCAACUAGAUCUGGUCACAUAUGAGGAAGUAGUGAAGUUGCCAGCAUUCAAGAGGAAAACAUUAGUUUUACUAGGUGCUCACGGUGUUGGCCGAAGACACAUCAAGAACACACUCAUCACCAAACACCCAGACAGAUUUGCUUAUCCCAUUCCACACACAACCAGAUCUCCAAAGAAAGAUGAAGAGAACGGCAAGAAUUAUUUCUUUGUAUCCCACGACCAAAUGAUGCAGGACAUCUCCAACAACGAUUACCUGGAGUACGGCAGCCACGAGGACGCGAUGUACGGCACGCGGUUGGAGACAAUACGCAAGAUCCAUGAGCAGGGACUCGUAGCCAUACUGGACGUAGAGCCACAGGCACUGAAGGUUUUACGGACAGCUGAAUUUGCUCCCUAUGUGGUUUUCAUUGCUGCACCAACCAUCACUCCCGGCAUGAACGAGGACGAGUCAUUACAGAGGCUGCAGAAGGAGUCCGAGAUCCUCCAGAAGACAUAUGCACACUAUUUUGACCAAACCAUCAUUAAUAAUGAGAUUGACGAGACUAUUCGGCUCCUGGAGGAAGCCAUAGACCUGGUUUGCACCACGGCCCAGUGGGUUCCAGUGUCCUGGGUCUAUUAAAACAGCAAACCCAUCGACCUGUAACCUUAUACCCUUCAUAACCUCAUACUUUGUGGUGCAUCUCUGCAAGAAGAAGAAGAAAAAAACACUUGCAACUUUCCCAUGAUGCAAACAGAAGCCCACUUCUGACGUUUAACAGCAAGAUCGAUGUACCUGCAGUGAGCCCAGUCUUGGCCCCUCACAGACUACCUAGACGUAGUGUUGUAUUAAUGAAAAAAAAUCAAUAAAAUAAAUGACUAAAUAUUGUCAUGUCUAUUUAGCUAGGAGGCAACAUUUUGUAGACGUUUGAUUUAAAGAGACAGUAUCCUACAUGACGCAUUUUCCUGAAAGGAAUAUUUUAGUAGUUUGUCUGCCCAUAUUUCUGUUAGUACCAGACUGAAAGUGUCCUCACAGCUUUCAUCUGUCCAGCCGUCCAUUAACUCAGCCAUUAUACAUAAUCCCACAUUAUCCAUGCGGCAGAGCCCAGCUGCUUUAGCACAACCCUGCCAUUCAGCUUUCAACCCUUUUCCUUUGUUUGGUUUGUUUUUCCCAUUUCACCCUCCUCUACCAGUGGAUACUGUCUCUCUAAAGACACACAUAAAUGUUUUAGAGAUUUGAAUGAGAUCUCAUGCAUGUGAACAUUCACGAGCGUCCAUGCUGUCAGUGUUAGCUGUGUUCAGACCAUCACCCGCAGCAGAAAACAUUCCAUUCGUCUGGAUGAACACAUUCAAACAGGUGGAGCCGGUGACCAGGAGAGGGAAAAAAAGACCUAUGCACAUCCCUUGCAUUUUGGCAACUUUGUAAACAGUUUAUUUUUACCAAUCAUGUAGUAAAAUGUGUUUGUAAAUGGUCAACAUUUUUAUUUGAUGUAAGAUUAAGGGGUUCGGGAUAAAAAUGAGUUCAGAAUUGUGUCGUUUGAGAGUAUUAAUGUUGAUUCAGAAAUACAAUUUUUAUUCUGUGCAGUUGUUUGAGGAAGAGGUCUGCAAACUAAAAAAGACCACACGGUGUGUUAAUCUGAAUGGUUCUGUACAUGACAAACUGCGCUGUGUAAAUGGCUCUGCCGAUGACGGAGCAGCUCUUCGGUAUGAGCGUGUUUUAGUUUUUUUUUUUAAAUAUAUUUCCUUUUAUGUGAUGAA